UGUGAUUUAAAAUUUUUGGAAAUUAUGAGUGAACAUAGAUCGUAUAACAUUAGUAUCGAAAAACCAAUUUAUAUAACUAAUAAAAAUAUGUUUUCACCAAAAAAACAACAAAACAAGUUAAAGCGUAAAAACAAAACAAACGAAAAUGAACGUGAUACACCUAAAAAGAAACGAAAAUUAUAUUCAUCUAAUUCUGAUAUUUACAGUGAUAAAAGUGAAACUCCAAGAAAUUCUUUUAAUUCUGCGAGUGAGUACAUAAGAUUCAAACAUAAAACCAGUACAACUUUAAACCUAGACAAUAAAAAAAAACCUUACAAUAACGUACCAUCGAAUCGAAUCGGAAAUAAUUCUUUAAAAAUUGAUUUAGAAUCUUCACCAGGUCACAAAAAUGACCAGGAUUCAAAAUUAUCAUUUUCUAAAACAUACUCUCCCUUAAAAAAUGUUUCAAAAGAUGAUAUUUUAGAAAAAUUACAUUUUAAGAUUUUGAGCAAAAUUUAUACUAAUAAAACCGAAGGAAAACAAACGUCUCAAAAUAUACGAACUGAAAAGAACAUUCAAACAAAUAUUAAUUUAAAAUCCUCACCUAUUAAAAAUUUAUCGGCCAAAAAUAAAUUAGACACAAAAGUAUUCAUUUCUGAAGAUAGUUCAAAAUGUGAACCAAUGGACAAAAAUGUGGGUGAACCAAAAAACUGUGACAUUUUAAGUAAAAAUACUAAAAGUAAUGUAAAAGAAAAGUUUUCCAAAAAGGACGUUAAAUCUUAUAAAUCGUUACUAACUGAAAAUAAUAUUGAAACCAAAAUUAAUUUACAAAGUGUAUCAAAUGAGAAAAACUUGUGUAACCCAAAAUAUACAAAAAGUGAAACCAAACAGAAUAAUGUAGAGGAUAACACAUUCAAUUUACUUCAAAGAAGAAAACAGUUAUUACCUUCGGAACAGAGCAGUAUUCAACCAAAAACGUCGAAAUCCUCUUCUACUAAAUCAUCAAAAAUCGAAAAAGAUUCAAAAUUACUUUCUAUCGAUGAUAAAUUUAAUUUUUCAUCAGUUAAGGAAAUCAAGAAAUUAAAUACAACGCCUGUUAAAGCUCCGAAAUUAUUAUUAUCUGCUACUUCUACUAAACUAAAUACGAAAUUUUUACUUUCCGAUCCAAAAUGUGUAUCAAACGAUAAAAACUUGUAUGACCCAAAAUAUUCUGAUAUUUUAAGCAAAAUUUAUACAAAAAGUGUAACCAAACAGAAUAAUGAAGAGGAGAAUACAUUAUUUACGUUACUUCAAAGAAGAAAACAGUUAUUACCUUCGGAACAAGACAGUCAAUCGAAAAAGUCGAAAUCUUCGUCUACUAAAUCAUCAAAAAUCGAAAAAGAUUCAAAAUCACUCGACUCUAUCGAUGAUAAAUUUAAUAGAAAACAGUUAUUACCUUCGGAACAAGACAGUCAACCGAAAACGUCGAAAUCGUCGUCUACUAAAUCAUCAAAAAUCGAAAAAGAUUCAAAAUUACUAUCUUUCGAUGAUAAAUUUAAUUUUUCAUCACCAAGUUCAUCACAAGCUUCAAAAUUAUUAUUUUCGCCAUCUAAAUCAUCAACCAAAAAAUCAAAUUCAAAAAAAUUACCUUCUGUUAGAAAUCUAAAUUUUUCACCAGCUGAAGUAUCAGUAAAAGAGUCUAAAAAAUAUAAACACGAUAUAAAAUUAUUGAAAACUGUUGGGAAUACUCCGAAAUGUAUAUCAAAUGACCAAAAUGCUUUUUUAGCGUCGUUGUCGGAUUCAGUUUCUAGUUCCGAUUCUCAUCCAGAUGCAUUAAUUUAUAAAGAAAACUUCAAAGAAACAAGACAAGAAUUAACAGAACGUUUAUUUAACUUAUUUAAUACAGAAGUAUUUGCGAAUAAAAUUCCAUCGAAUACAACAGUCGAAUGGAGUAAUCGUAUGGUAAGUUCAGCUGGAUUUACACAUAAUAAACGUGCGGUAAAACUUAAAAGUGGUGAACAAAUAUAUUCUAGUCGUAUUAAACUUAGUACAAAAGUUGUUGAUCGACCAUCACGUUUACGUGAUGUGUUAAUACAUGAAAUGUGUCAUGCAAUUACAUGGAUUGUACACAAUGUUAAAGAUGGACAUGGAACGUUUUGGAAAACUUGGGCACAAAAAGCAAUGACAACUUUUCCAAGUUUACCGGUGAUUGUUCGUUGUCAUUCGUAUGACGUACCAAUGAAAUACACGUAUCGUUGUAAGCAAUGUGGUUAUAGUUUUGGACGACAUUCGAAAUCAGUUAAUAUUGAACAGAAAUGUUGUGGAUAUUGUAAAGGACGAUUCGAAAUUAUUUUAAAUAAA